GUGAUGAAGAUGAAGAUGAAGAUGCCGUGUGUCCGUGAUCUCGGUUCAGUCGGGUUGAGCUGAAACUGGAAACUUUCUGAAGCUUUUCUCUCUCCGGAGCUUCUUCUUCCUCUUCUUCAUCUUCUUCCUCUUCUUCAUCUUCCUCUUCUGAAGACUUCCUGUCCCCGGCCCAGACUUCCUGUCCCCUGCACAGAUUUCCUGUUCCAAGCAUGAGCGGCCUGCUCGUCGGCCCGUGUCUCAAGGUGGAGCUGAGGAUCACCUGCAAAGGGAUCCAGGACCGGGACGCGCUGUCCAAGCCCGACCCCUGCUUCCUGCUCAAGAGGAAGUCCCACGGCCAGUGGAUGGAGAUCAUCUCCCAGAGGAAACUGUGCAAAGCUCUGCUGAGGCCUGGAGGCACCGUGGGGAAGGCCAUCGUCACGAUCUCAGCUGAGGAGCUGACAGGGGACGACGACUACAUCGAGCUCUCAUUCAGCGCCAGGAAGCUGGACGACAAGGAUUUCUUCACUAAAUCUGAUCCGUUCAUGGAAAUAUACAGAAUGAACGAGGACGCCACGAUGCAGCUGGUGUACAGGACAGAGACGGUGAUGAAUAACUUGAACCCGGUGUGGAAAACCUUCAAAGUGUCCCUCAACUCGCUCUGCAGCGGAGACCACGGGCGCAAGCUGCAGUGCACCGUUUGGGACUGGGACUCCAACGGGAAGCACGACUACAUCGGAGAGUUCGAGGCCUCGUUCAACGAGAUGAGAGGAGCCAUCGAUGGACGGCAGGUGCAGUGGCCGUGCCUCAACCCCAAAUACAGAGUGAAGAAGAAGAACUACAAGAACUCUGGCAUCGUCAUUCUGAACCAAUGCAAGAUCAUCAAGAUGCACUCCUUCCUGGAUUACAUCAUGGGGGGCUGUCAGAUCCAGUUCACAGUCGCCAUCGACUUCACGGCGUCUAACGGAGAUCCUGGGAACAGCUGCUCGCUGCACUACAUCCACCCGUACCAGCCCAACGAGUACCUUAAGGCCCUGGUGGCUGUGGGGGAGAUCUGCCAGGACUACGACAGUGACAAGAUGUUCCCGGCGUUCGGCUUCGGCGCUCAGAUCCCUCCAGACUACAAGGUCUCCCACGACUUUGCAGUGAAUUUUAACGCGGAGAACCCGGAGUGUGCAGGCAUCCAGGGCGUGGUGGAGGCCUACCAGGCCUGCCUCCCCAAGCUGCAGCUGUACGGCCCCACCAACAUCGCCCCCAUCAUCCAGAAGGUCGCCAACUCCGCCUCGCAGGAGGUCCACACCAAAGAGGCCAUGCAAUACUUCAUCCUGCUGAUCCUGACGGACGGCGUCAUCACCGACAUGGCCGACACCAGGGAGGCCAUCGUGCAGGCCUCCCACCUCCCCAUGUCCGUCAUCAUCGUCGGCGUCGGGAACGCCGACUUCAGCGACAUGCAGAUGCUGGACGGCGACGACGGGAUCCUGCGGUCGCCCAAAGGAGAACCCGUCCUCCGGGACAUCGUCCAGUUCGUCCCGUUCCGCAACUUCAAGCACGCGUCUCCGGCGGCGCUGGCUCAGCGCGUGCUGGCGGAGGUUCCCCACCAGGUGGUGGACUACUUCAACAGCAAAGGCAUCAAGCCCAAAGCGCCCCGCCACUUCCAGUCGUCCCGGCAGCUCGGCCCCUGAGAGCCGGCCCCCCCAUGGGACUCGCUCCCUGUCUUUGUUGUUUGUUGACGCGGAUGUUAAAGGUGCCGAGCGCUUCACCGCGGGGGAGCUUCUGCAGGAGGAGAAUCCCGAAGGAUAAGAGGUGUCCUCACACGCAGGCGGUGACAGCUGGAGCUGGACGUUCAGUUAGCCCGUUGCUACGUAGCAUUCCUUUGGGUUGUAUCUCCACGUCUGUGUUCCUCUUUUCUUUCGUGACACCGUUUACAACAACAGCGUUUAGAACGUUUCCACCCGGCUCUCGCCAAGUCCAAAAAUGCGAAAUGAAUGACACGAAAAUGAUGUAAAUGUCGUGCUGUUCAUGCGCAUCCUGUGAGAUCGGGUUGGACUUUUCACAUCGGGAUGAAUCUAUGCAGAGAUUUCACGUAAUUCCAAUGAAUCCAAAAUGGAGAACGCUGUCACGUUAGCAUUGAUGCGGCACCCAAGUCUGAGUAAUCCUCCUCAGUGCUAAGCGCUGGCACAUGUGAUACAAUCUAAACUUUAAAUUACUAAACCAGCUCAUGUGCGAGUUAGCUAACUGGUAGCACAGUCUGUUGAGCUAUUUGGGGUUGCUAGCCUCUGCAGUUAGCAUGGCUGCAGUUAGUUACCCGCCAACCAGACUUCCAUCGCUGCCCAUUGGUGCUCACAGACACUCUUGAGCCGUCGAGUGACAGCAAGGAGCAUUCUGGGAAAUGAGGCAGAGUGGCACUAAAAGUCUGAUCAGGUAUGAAAAUGCUUCCUGUCGCACCUUUAGCAUCCGCUGUGCAUGCGGCGCCAUGGAGGCCGACUGUAACAUUCAGGGGUGUUCGACGGACAUCGGACACAACGGGACCAAUCAGAACGCUGCUUGCAGACAGCAUGACAGGCAGGGAAACAGACAGCAUGUAUGAGCCCCCUGCUGGUCUGGUUUUAUAAGAGUCUUUGGAUAUUUUGCUAUAUUUGUAAGGCCAGGUCUGGUUCCUCUACCGUGGUCCUCUGAGGUCUGGUCCUCUGAGGCCAGGUCUGGUUCCUCUACCGUGGUCCUCUGAGGUCUGGUCCUCUGAGGCCAGGUCUGGUUCCUCUACCGUGGUCCUCUGAGGCCAGGCCUGGUCCUCUGAGGCCAG